AUGUCCAGCAAUACGCGCAGGUUUCCGUCCAACGGGCGCAAGCGCGUCCUCGUUGUUGGCGCCGGUGCAGCAGGCAUGUCCACAGCCCAUCACCUCGCGCAGCACCCGGAGAAGUUCGACGUAACGCUCAUCGACGCAGUGGACUACUGCGGCGGACAAGCGUUCUCAAUCCCGCUCGACAAGGACCGGUACGGUGCGUCAUGGUGCAAUCAAGGUGUGCAGGGCGGAUCGUACAUCUUCCACCAUACGAUGACGAUGUUCGCGCGCCAGGGGUACCGGGCCGACCCUGUGAAGCUACAGGUAUCCUUCGGGAAGGACGAUACUUUCUGGACGAAUAUGUUUCCGACGGAGUUGAUAGCGCGACAUCAGAAGGAAAUAUCGCGACUGACGACGGUGCUGAAGCUCAUGCGCUGGUUCGAGGUCUUCUUUGCGCUGCUGCCGCUUCGGCUCGUGAUGAAGAUUUUUAUGUUCUCCGAGGAGUUUACCAACUGCGUUGUUUUGCCCAUGACGGCUCUGUUCCUGGGUACUGGAAACGCCACGCCCGAGGUCCCUGCCAUCAUGUUCGAGCGGCUUUGCACGUCCCCGACAUACGGCAUGUGGUAUAAGACUGACAGGCACACGGUCGUCAAGAACCAGCCGCCGAUGGUCGUUUUCCCGAACUUCUCCGAAUUUUACGAGACGUGGCGGAAGGACCUCGUCUCCAAGGGUGUCAAGGUUCGCCUCUCGACGGAGCUGACAGAGAUUAUACAACGGGAUAAUCACGGGGUCGUAGUUAGAGUGAAACCACGUACGCCCGUGCUGGAUCAUCAUAAUCCUAACGACGCAGACCUAGACGCGCCGGUCAGCCAGGAGACAUACGACGAAAUUGUUCUGUGCACUCUUGCAGAUAAAGCAAAGGAGGUAUUGGGACGUACAGCGUCGUGGCGAGAGAAGCGGGUCCUAGGUUCUGCCAAGUUCAGCGACGACAUCACCAUCACGCACAACGACUCGGAUUACAUGAAGAAGCACUACGAGAAUUUCUACAGGGAAGACCUAGCCGUGGCCAACACAAGCGGUGUCGACCAGACCUCGCGGCUCAACAACGCAGCGAGUAACUUCCGCCCGAUGUACUACAUCAAGAUGUACCCGCAAGACAAGAAGAAGCUCGAGAUGUGUUUCGACUGCACGAAUUACCAGAGCCAGUUCCCCGAGAACGUGCCAUUCGAGCAACAUGUAUUUCAAACGAUAUACCUGAACAAAGACCGGGACCGCCCCCUGUGGUCCGACGGCGAGAUUCGCAAGGAUCGCAUCAUUCGUCAGGACUGGUGGCACCAGCUAUGUCACAGCUACACGCACUACUUGUUCGUGGUGCCGUGGAUGAUGUUCUUGCAGGCGCGCAAGCACACGCGGUUCGCGGCCUCCUGGACACUCGUCAACGCGCACGAAGUCGCCGUCAUGUCGGGUAUCGCUGCCGCCGUCGACCUCGGCGCCGAGUAUCCCGAGGAUUUAGAGCACGAUCGUUUCUCGUUUCUUUGUUUCCGGCUUUACUACCUGCUGGCGUACGGGAAGUGGUACAGACGCAAGUACACGGCAAAGGGUGCUAGCAGUAACAAAUCUACGGAUGAUGCGAGCAACUGGGCUUCAGGGUUGUAUGGGAGCGUGUACAAGGGUCCUGGGGUGUCGACAGUUGAGCGACGAACUUGGCGGGAGGAAGUGAAGAAAGGUACCAGCACAGACAAUAUGGCUGAGGGAAAUGCGCCUGGCAGGAGUCAGCCAUAG